AUGACCGCCUCGAAAGCCGCUGCGAAAGCGGAAGAAACGGGCGAGUCGUCAAAGGCCGUCUGCAAGGCCGCGCUGGCCGCGUCCGCCAACGGCUCCCGAUGCCGACUGACCGAUGUGAUGGGCAGGGUGGAAAAGUACCGUCCCGUCUUCCUCGAUGACGUUGUCGGCAAUACGGAAACGAUUGAGCGGCUCAAAAUCAUAGCCAGGGACGGAAACAUGCCGCACGUCAUCAUCUCGGGCAUGCCGGGCAUCGGAAAGACGACCAGCGUCCUGUGUCUAGCGCGUCAAAUGCUGGGGGAAUCGUACAAGGAGGCCGUCUUGGAGCUCAACGCCAGUGACGAACGAGGCAUCGACGUCGUCCGGAACCGAAUCAAGGGCUUUGCCCAGAAAAAGGUCACCCUUCCCGCGGGGAGGCACAAGCUGGUGAUCCUCGACGAAGCCGACAGCAUGACAUCGGGUGCCCAGCAGGCGCUCCGAAGGACGAUGGAGAUUUAUUCCAACACGACUCGGUUCGCCUUCGCCUGCAACCAAUCCAACAAGAUCAUCGAGCCCCUGCAAUCCCGAUGCGCCAUCCUCCGCUACGCAAAGCUCACCGACGGCCAGGUCGUCAAGCGUCUGAUGCAAAUCAUCGAGGCGGAAAAGGUCGAGUACAGCGACGACGGCCUCGCGGCGCUCGUCUUCAGCGCCGAGGGUGACAUGCGACAGGCCAUCAACAAUCUGCAGUCCACAUUCGCCGGCUUCGGCUUCGUCUCGGGCGACAACGUAUUCAAGGUCGUCGACUCCCCUCACCCCAUCAAGGUGCAGGCGAUGCUCAAGGCCUGCUACGAGGGCAACGUGGACUCGGCCCUCGACACGCUGCGGGAGCUCUGGGGGCUUGGGUACUCGAGCCAUGACAUCAUCAGCACCAUGUUCAAGGUGACCAAGACGAUCCCAACGCUGAGCGAGCACUCGAAGCUCGAGUUCAUCAAGGAGAUUGGCUUCGCCCACAUGAAGAUUCUCGAGGGCGUCCAGACACUGCUGCAGCUGAGCGGCUGCGUCGCGAGGUUGUGCAAGAUCAACAUGGAUCCGAAAAAGUUUGUCGUGCCGGCAAAAUGA